AUGAGGACCUCCGCGCUCUUCCCGGCCCUGCUGUCCUUGGUCUCCCUCGUCUCGCCCACCAGAGCUGCCGCCGCUGACGACGCAUCGCAAGCCAAGCUGCCUGCCACUUUCAAGCCGGCCCAGGUCUUCAAGAACGCCAACCUCGUCCAUGUCAUCUCUCUGGAGAGGAACUAUGUCAAGGAAUCGAUCAACGUGCUCAUCGAGAACAUCGACUCGAAGCCCCAAGAUGAAUACUACCUGCCCUUUACUGCGGACCAGAUGUCCCGCCUCGGCGGGCUCGAGGUGAAGGACCGCAAGGAUGCCAAUGCUGGUCCAUUCGGCGUCGAGGCUGUAGAAUUCGACCCUGAGAGCGACAUCCAGUACUACCGCAUCCGCCUUCCCGCUCCCCUCAAAGCCGGCGGCCAGCAGACGCUAGGCAUCUCAUACUACUACCUGCGCGCCUACUCUCCCCUACCCGCCUCCAUCGCCCAGGACGAAUCACAAUUCCUCGCCUACUCCUUCUCGGCGUACUGCCAGUCCGUAUACGACACAACCAAGCAAAAGACCGAGGUCAAGUUCUCCUCUGGCAACAUCCCCGACUACACAAAGCUCCCCGGCUUCGGUGACGCCAAGGGGUUCCCGCAGAAGCAGGGCUCCAAGCUCAUCUACGGCCCCUUUGACCACAAGCCCGCCGGCGCCGCCCAACCCGUGCAGGUGCGCUUCGAGUUCACCAAGCCCGUGAGCCACGUCGCCCUGCUCGAGAGGGACGUCGAGGUCAGCCAUUGGGGCGGCAACGUCGCCUUUGAGGAGCGCUACGAGCUGUACCACCGCGGCGCCAACCUGUCGUCUCUCUUCAACCGCGUCAAGUGGGCUCAGCAGGCCUACUACAACCCCCCGUCCUCGGCGCUCAAGGAGUUGCGCUUCCCCCUGCGGGUCGGCAGCGCCGAUGCCUACUAUACCGAUGCAAUUGGCAACGUGUCGACAUCCCGCUUCCGGAGCAACAAGCGCGAGGCUCUGCUCGAGAUCAAGCCUCGCUACCCCGUGUUUGGCGGCUGGAAGUACCCCUUCACCAUUGGCUGGAACUCGGACGCCAAGAACUUCCUCCGCAGGGUGUCGGGCAACAGUUACGUUCUCAACAUCCCCUUCCUCGAGGGCCCCAAGCAGAACGAGGGUAUCGAGUACGAGCAGGUCCGCGUGCAGGUCCUAUUGCCUGAGGGCGCUGAGAAUGUCAAGUUUUAUACGUCGAUCCCUUCGUCCUCGAUCACCGAGGCGACCAUUGGGGUCCGCAACACCUACCUCGACACCGCGGGGCGGACAUCCGUCACCCUCAAGGCGCGCAACCUAGUGGAUGAGGUCCGAGACCGGGAGCUCAUCAUCACCUACGACUAUUCAUUGAUGGCCAGCCUGCGCAAGCCUAUCCUCGUGUUCACGAGCACGAUCGGGGUUCUGGUUGCGGCCUGGCUCAUCGGGGGAGUGAACGUCCAGUUUUCAUCAAGGAAAUGA